AUGAUGGUUAAAUUUGGUCGUACAAAUCAUUUAACUCAUCCAUUAUGUGAAACAUUACUUCGUCAAAAAUGGAUAUCAUAUGGUUUUCCAAUUUAUAUUCUUGAUUUAAGUAUUUAUCUUUGUUUUCUUUUUCUUCUAUCAUAUUUUAUAAUAACAUUUCCAUCAUGUAAUCAUCAUGAUCCAAUAAGUUGGAAUAGUAAAACGACAGAUUUAUGUUUAAAAAAUAAUUUUAUAUCAUUUAAAACAAAUGCAACAACAUUUCAAAUUAUAAGUAUUUGGUUUAUUGUUUUAUAUUGUUUUUUAAAUUUUAUUAUGGAAAUUAUUCAAUUAAUACAUGAUGGUUCUGAAUAUUUUUCUGAUAUUGAAAAUUAUAUACAAUGGAUAUUAUAUGUUACAACAAGUGUAUUUACAUUACCAUUUUUAUUUGAUCAAUCAUGGCAUUAUCAAUGGGUUGCUGGUUCAAUUAGUAUAUUUACUGCUUAUUUAGCAUUAUUAUUUCUUCUUGGUCGAUUUUUUAUUUAUGGUAUAUAUGUAAUUAUGUUUUUAGAAAUAAUGAAAACAUUAUUACAUGUUUUAUCUUUAUUUUCAAUAUUAAUAUUUGGUUUUGCAUUAACAUUUUGUGUAACAAAACCAUUUUCUCACGAGCUUGAUGUAUCAAAUCCACAUCAUUUAUUUAUGGUUAUGCUUAAAACUAUAACAAUGAUGUUAGGUGAACUUGAUUAUGAACGUUCAUAUUUUGAACAUCCAAAUGAUCAACAUUUUAAUAUAACUAAUUUAAUAAUAUUACUUCUAUUUGCAAUUAUAAUGCCAAUUCUUCUAAUGAAUUUACUUGUUGGUUUAGCUAUUGGCGAUUUAAUGCAAAUUCAACAAAAUGCUCGUUUAAAACGUCUUGCUACACAAGUUCAACUUCAUACAAAUCUUGAAAAGAAAUUACCAAGUAAAUUAAUUCAACGUUGGACAAAAAAUGAAUAUAUUGUGUAUAUUAAUAAAGGUAUUUGUAAUCGUUUUUCAACAUUAUUUAAAGAAUGGAUUUCUAAACCUCUUGAUACAAAUGAUGUAUUAAAUGCAUGUGAAGAAAAUUGUACUGAAAGAGUUUUAUUUUUAGAAUUAUAUAAACAAAAACGAAGACAAAAAAAUAUGCAACAUCAAUUAGAAAAAAUUACUGAUCUUGUUCGAUUAGUUCUUCAAAAAAUGGAAAUUCAUACUGAAAUGGAAAGUAAUGAUACAACAUCAAAUGAUAAAAAUGAAAAUUUUAUAAGAAUGCAAAAAUUUCGACAAGUAUUUAAUAUUACACGUCGAUUUUCUCAUGCACGUCCUUCAAAUGGAAAUAUUCCACAUUUAUUUACUCAUUCCGAAGAAGCGUAA